AGUUGCCAUGGUAACAUAACGUUUACGGAAGUGUAGAGCGCAACAAAAUCAGCUGGACCAGCACGUAAAAAGAGAGUAAGAUAUAGUCAUGUUUGAACUAGCAACACAUCCCAAAUGUGUAGACUGGCUUCACAGCCAGACAGACAGCUAAAGUUAGCAAGCCAGCUAAUGACUCAACAUUAAGUAACUUGUCAAAGCAUCACAAAAAUGUCAGGUGAGUUGCUAGCCAAGUAAAACUCCACUGUGUACUUGACGGUCAGUUGAUGUGAAGUACAUCGUGGAGUUAAGUUUUACUGGCUAGUUAGCUAUCUAGCUACCACAGGAGGUUGGUGGCACUUUAAUUGGGGAGGAUGGGAUCGUGGUAAUGGCUGUAGAAGAAUAAGCAGGAUGGUAUCAAAUACAUCAACCACAUGGUUUGAUGCCAUUCCAUUCACUCUGUUCCUUAUAAUGUCAUUAUUAAUUAAGUGUUUUUCCUGCAGAGAAGAAAGGAAAGGCCACAGAAAGCAAAGGUAAAGACCAGACUUCACAGACCAUCCUAUGUAUAUCCUAAAUAUUGUACAUUUUUGUGCUUUAGGCCAACUAUUAUCCUAUGUAUCAGCUUAUGUUUUGAACUCCAAUCAUAUAUUUCAUUUCAGAGGAACGCAGUUUGAAAGUAUCCUAUAUUUUCCAGAAUGGUGACAGAUAUGGGAAGUCAUCAUAUCAUAUUGACACAGUAACAUUAGAUUUUUGAUUCGAACUGUUAGAACCACGUGUUAUAACCAGCUACAUUGUGGGCUGUCAUCACCAGAAGGUGAGUGCUGCAGGUCCACAGAGGAAUAUGUGUUGAGGAGUGGCAUAGGCAAACAUGGUUUCAGGGUGGGUACUUUGCUGUGAGUGGACAGUGCUCCCUCUAUUCAAUAUGAAGGCAGAGGGACUCUGGAGCAUCCCUCUGGGGCAAUGUAUGAAGGGGACUUGUACCACGGCACUGGGACAUACAGAUUCCCUGAUGGGACCAAAUAUUGCAGAAGCAAGAACAGGUAAACCCAUGACUUUAGCAUGUUCACUUUUUCCUGUCAUAUGUAGAUAUAGGCUAGAAGUGAAUGUUAGGCUAGGCCUAUGGCUAACUAUGGCUCUAUUUGUUGUUUUUGACUAGGUUGGAGGGUGAUGGGAAGUUCACAGAUUCUCAGAGACUUGUUUGGACUGGAGGCAUCCACAACAAGGCAGCUCCUGGCUUGAAACUUAAACUCAACAUGUAACCCAUGACAUGAUAACAAGACCAGGAAAUGGAGGAGGCCAACCUGGAGAUUGCUCAGCUGCAGGCCUUGGUGGUGGAGCUGCGUACGGGGCUGCAGGGAGUGUUACAGGACGUGUCUGCGCUGCAGCAGAGGGACAGAGGUCUGGAGGAGAGGGCUCAGGGCCAGCAGAGCGACGUGGAUGACAGGAUCAUGGGAAUCAGGAACUCCCUCAACACAUUUAAGGAGGACCUGAGCGGUGCUCUAUCCCAGAUCAAAGAGGUUACCAGCAGACAGAAAGAGCUACAGAAAGGCCUGGAGCUCCUCCAAUCAGAGACCGGCAGAGAGAUCCUGUCCGUUCCACAGAGGAAAAGCUCCAAAGGGGACUGCAUUGGGGAGGGGCAUGGGUUUCUCUCCAACCAGACAGAGCUCAAUGUCAUCCAGCAUUACUUUGCCAGCCUACCCAGCGGCUCUCCACAGAUGAGCACAGCCUCCACACAGACCUCUAACUCAGAGCAGGACGCAGCCAGUGGCCAGCCCCAGAGAGCUCAGUCCAAGUCUCCAGUGUGGAGAGAAAGGAAAGAGAGCCGAGACGACACGGAUGCACAGAGCGUCCCAGAGAACGGUAAGAGGCAGGUUGCUGCCCUGGAGCUGUUGGAGUCAGAAAGGGUAUAUGUGUCAUACCUGUCUCUGCUGCUGAAAGCCAACAUCACCUUCAACAGCUCAGAAGCCCUCCACACCAAAGACAAACGGCCAUUCCCCAGUUCUCUACGCUUCCUCAUCCAGCAACACCUGGAGCUUCUCCACACCCUGCAGGAGAGGGUCCUCAAGUGCCAGUGGCAGGGCAUCAUGGGAGAUGUAUUCAUGAGGCUCACCAGCAAAGAGAGUGAUUUCCUGGACUUCUACGUGUCGUAUCUUAAGGAGCUGCCUGAAUGUCUCUCUGUGGUCAGCAUGUUGACCACCACCUCACUAAAAGCAGCCGGCCUGUUUGAGGGUGACAUCAUGGGGGACGAGACACACCCCUCUCUCCACACUCUGCUCCUCCAGCCAGUACAAAGGAUACCUGAGUACCUUCUGCUGCUGCAGACCCUGUUGAAGCAGACAGAUGCAGAGCACCCUGACUACUACCUGCUGCUGCUGUGCAUCCAGCAGUUCAGUGCCUUCACUGCCCAGUACGCCCACCUACUGCAGCACAACCAAGAGCUGCUCCUGCACAACCGCAAGGAGCUCAAGAGGUCAGCUUCUGAUCCAGGCUCAGAUUUGGUAUUUUGGUCAACUAUGAAGCAGUUCUUCAAAAACGUGGACUGUGGUAACGUUAUGCAAGCCAAUGAGAUGGGUUCUCCUUACCCCAGCAGCAAUGCAAUGCUAGAGCAUGCCAACCAGGUGAAACGCAGCAAGCAGAGGCUCCUGGAGCAGAUCCAGUCUAGACGCUUUCAGGACUGGGAGAGUGAGGCCCACCACUCCGACUCUGCCAUCCCGUUUUUCUCCCCUGACACCGACCCUCGCCUCAAACCCCCAUGCCUGCAGAGCAUCCCUGAGAUGGGGUCAUCAGAGCGGCUGCCCAGCAAACGGCUGCCCCCAGGCUCAGCCAUGGCCGAUGCCCUGGGGCAGUUCCUUCUCCCUGGGGAUGCCCCGGGCUUGGAGGGUCUGUAUGAGGACACAAACUCAUCUCUUCACAACAUGUCCAUGUUUGACCAAUGCUCCAGCGCUUCCUCUGACUCUAGCAUCGACAUUGCCUUUGUGCGCUGCCCCAAGAGCCACCAGGCCGUCCGUGAGGUCUACAACAGCGGGGGCAGCCGGGAAAGUGGGUACAAGCAGCUGCCUGGUCGGGGGUGCGUGUCUCCAGACGAGGCUGGAAUGAUGCGAGUUCACCACCACCGCCCCCUGCAGGCCGAUCAGCGUAAGAGCAAGUCCCUGAACGGGUUGCAGCUGGACAGCACUGUGAGUGGGGAUAGUGGCCCCGGACAUCUUUCUGACCACCUAAGGGGCCACGGGGCCCACCAACACCCCAAGCUGGAGAGGCAGUCCAGUAAUAAAUAUCACCCACGCAGCAGCAAGAGCAGCAACAACAGCCCCAUCAGCCCCCCGCAGCAAAAGGCAGAGCCAGAGAGACAGAUAGCAGCCACUGAAGAGCUACAUAACCACCACAACAAGGACUCUGGGAGCCUACCCUGGGGGGAGGAGCCAAGAUGGAAGGCUGAGGGGAAUAACCACACCCCCUUCAGUGAGAGGAGCCGGAAACAGGAGAAGGGAGGAUUCAGAAGCUCCUUCAAGAAGCUCUUCAAGAAAAAGUCGGGGGGAGGAGAGAAAGACAAGGACAAAGAUAAGACAGAAAGCCAGAACUCCAGUGAGCAAGAGGCAUGCAAUACCCCAGGAGUUGCCCACCUAGGCAUCGACCGUGGGACUGCUGUGUGAAGUGUGACUAGAACCACACUACAAAUUAAGUGGUCUGAGAAAGGUUUCAAAUAGGUGCCUUGAUAACGCACACACACACUUCUAAGCAAAAUUAUAGGCUUUAUAGACACACAUAGAUACACAAUGCAAUAUGAAACAUGCUGGAAGACCAAAUCAGACUAACGCACUCCUUUCUUAUAUAACUACUGUAAAAAUACUGUAUAGGUUAAGUAUUUGUUUUUGAAUUAGUACUAGUUUUUCCAUUUUAGAGGUCUCCUCAAUAUCCAUGGAGAUAAUAUAUUUUGUAUAAUACUGUAUACUCAUGAACUGAAAUAAUGUAGGUAAAGAUCUAUAAUUUGCCAUCAAGAUGAUUGAAAUAAAUAUCUCCCCCUCACACCAAAAUGUUGAUUUUUAAUGUGAAGUUAUUUUUUGAAUUUUUAUAAAUGAAAUUGUGACAAGACAAAUUAAACAAAAUAAGAAAAGUCCACAUUGUAAUCAAUAUUCUCUAUACCACAUGUUAACCAACCAAUAAUGUAUUUCUGAAAAACUCACAUUGCCUGCUUAGCAAUUACUUCCCUUUAAAAAAUCUAGGUACUUAUCUACAAUGCUUGCAAACCAUAAAAUGUGAAACAGAUUCAACAUUUCCAUCAUAUUUCUGUACGACAGACAACAGCCUUCAGUUCCUUCUUUUAAUGUGUUAACCAGUUUCAUAAAUCUGUUACACAUUUGAAACAAAAUAUAGCAAUUAUACAGUAUGUAAAACCAACCAAUUUUAUUUUACAGUAUAUACAUGUAAUAAUGUGCAUUGCAAUAUGAAAAUGGUAAUGCAGCAUAAAGGAAGAACUAGUUUGUCCAUAAUCAUUACACAUGUUUACUGUGUAAAUUAAAACCAACAUGAAUUUUG